UACGACUAUGUGAUUUUCGAAUGCAGUCUCGAAUGUCGUAGUACUACUCCCUUGGAGACCGUGGUAAGCUUUCAGUGCGAAGACCAGGGAGUAGGAAUUCCUGGCUGCUUCCGUUGUGGCUAUUCGCGAAUAUCGCUCCGGUAACUACAAAUUAACUGAAAGUUGGAAGGCAAGGCAACACUAAGGGUGUUAUUUUUUAAGAAAGUAGUUCCUAACUUUGAUGAAAUCGUUCAGUACGAAAUAAAAUUUCAUGGUUCGUGGGUGAACGUAGGCGAUUUCGUGCGCGAGUUAAUUUGCAAUAACUACUUUGUACAAUAGUAAUGAAUCUCAAGUAAAUUAAGAAAAUGCGACGGUUAAAAGGAUCUGUUUGGUUGACGGUCGCGAGUUGCGGUAGUCCCGCCAGCCGCGCGAAGGUCCUCCGAAAGAAAUAGUGUCCAUUGUCUCGAGUGACUUGUGAUGUGUGCUGCUAGUUACAUAAUAAGGGUCGAGAUAAUAUUAUUGAAUUAUUGUUCUAGAAAACUUGGGGAAUGUGUGUGGCGAAAAGUAUGCUUCUAUGUGAGACGACAUCUUUUCAAAUUGUGACUAAUACUAACUAAGUGUGAAUAACUCAAUCUGCAUAAAGGCGACCAGGAGCAGCGUCUACAGCCAACCCUCAUUGCAGCGUCUUACAUCCAAUGGACUCUAUUUCGCAUCUCGCUUUCUUGAAGGAUCUGCAACGUUGCAUCAACAAAUAAAAAGUGAUGGGACACAAGAGUGACAUUGUGUGCAUAUGGAGGUGCUGAGUAGUUCGGCGUGCCUGUCUAAAUGUGAUGUUGCGUCCAAUUAACAACUACAAUGUGAACGAGUGUUUCCUUCGCUAUUGAUGCUGUUUUUCUGGUGUCGUGUGUUUGUUGAAUAACAAUGAAAUUAAGUGUCAGUGCUUAUCGUGCACACUCAUCAGCUUACAAAAAAAUCCUUACGAAUAAUUAUAAAUCUCAGUUAAACUACGGAAGUACAGCUGCCUCCAUCUCUGGCGGAUCGCAUACAGCAGGAUUGUUUGAUAUGGAAAGCACAAACACUUUUGUACCCAUAGAAAUGUUAAGUAGUGAAGGCGAUGAUACAACGGAAUCAAAACAAGGAGAAGCUGAAGCCAAUGCACCUGAUAGCGAUCAAAACACCAAGAAAGACGAGCCAGAAGCAAGUAACUUGGAGAUUCGAAAGCCCAGUCAAAGGAAAUAUAGCCGAUCACCAAAAGACCAUGGACAUGAAGAGUUUGGAUUUAUUGACUGGACGAAAUCGAAUCAGCGAUGGAUGAAGCUCCGAACUACCGUGCAGAUAUCAUCGGCUAUUCAAAAGAAACCGCCUCUGAAGCGAGAGGAUUCGUUUCUGAAGCGGUUCUCUACUCGACAGAUACCUGAAACGCAAGAAACAAUCGAAGAUACGGGAAGUGAGAGUGCUGGCGGAGAACACGACAAUAGUGGAAAAAGGCGAAAUCGAUACCUUCGAAAACGUAGAACUGUUGUUAAUCCAGACGAGAAUUUUUAUUUUUAUUGGUUAAUGGCGUUAACUAUAUGUGUUCUGUAUAAUCUGUGGACUUUGAUUGUCCGGCAAAGCUUUCCUGAGUUACGGGAACUCGUACCAAAUCUGUGGUUUUCUUGUGAUGGCAUUAGUGAUAUCGUUUUUCUUCUUGACAUUGUGAUUCAGCUUCGAACCGGCUACUUGGAACAAGGUUUAAUGGUUUAUGACGAUAAAAAAUUGGCGUUCCAUUAUAUUCGUUCAAAAUCGUUUCUAUUGGAUUUGGCAUCGUUAUUGCCAUUGGAUCUCUUGCAAUUGAAACUCGGACAGCAGCCUUUAUUACGAUUUCCACGUUUUUUUAAAGUUUAUCGGAUUAUAAAAUUUUACUACAUCGUUGAGAGUCGAACUGUUUGGCCAAAUUUAUGGCGCGUUGUUAAUUUAAUUCAUAUAUUGUUGAUUUUAGCUCAUUGGUUUGGAUGUUUUUAUUUUUUAUUAUCGGAAGUGGAGGGUUUCCAGGGAGAUUGGGUUUAUCCAUAUCGUCCGGGAGAUUAUGCCACAUUAAGUCGGAAAUAUUUAGGAAGUUUAUAUUGGUCAACGUUAACACUUACGACAAUUGGUGAUUUACCGACCCCAGAAACAAAUGCAGAAUUUUCAGGCUCGGCGGAUGGCCCAAGAUCCCUGCCUCGUCGUGGGCUUAACUCACGUUUACUUCGAUUUGCGUCUUGUUUCGGGUACAUUUUUACGAUAGUAAGCUAUUUGAUCGGUGUUUUUAUAUUCGCAACUAUUGUGGGCCAAGUAGGAAAUGUUAUAACAAAUCGAAAUGCAAAUCGUCUGGAAUUCGAACGCCUUCUGGACGGUGCUAAAACGUAUAUGAGGCAUCAUAAGGUUCCAGGUGAUAUGAAACGUCGUGUCCUUCGGUGGUACGACUACAGUUGGUCAAGGGGCCGAAUACAAGGAGGCGGUGAUAUUAACACUGCGCUAGGUCUUCUACCGGAUAAACUUAAGACCGAACUUGCACUUCACGUUAAUUUGAGCGUGUUGAAAAAAGUCACAAUAUUUCAAGAGUGCCAACCAGAGUUCCUACAUGAUUUAGUUUUGAAGAUGAAAGCUUAUAUUUUCACUCCUGGUGAUUCUAUUUGCAGAAGGGGGGAGGUAGCAAGAGAAAUGUUCAUCAUUGCUGACGGUAUCCUUGAGGUACUCAGCGAAACGGGGAAAGUAUUGACAACAAUGAAAGCUGGCGAUUUUUUCGGCGAAAUUGGUAUUUUAAAUUUAGAUGGUUUGAACAAACGAACUGCUGACGUACGCUCCGUUGGAUACUCAGAAUUAUUUUCAUUAUCCCGGGAAGACGUCCUCACAGCGAUGAAGGAUUACCCAGAAGCACAAGAGAUUCUACAAACUCUCGGUAGAAAACGCCUUAUGGAAGUUAGGGGUAUAAAUAAGAAGCAUGCGAAAAUUGCAAGUGAACGAGAGGCCCAAGCCGCACGGGCUCAAGGAGACAGUGAUAACAGUGCCAAAAAUUUCGUAGAUAAGUUAAGAAGUGACGUUAAAGGUAUCAAAUUUGCAUUGCGAAAGACAAGGACCAGUAGACGGAGUGAUGAGUCUUUAGAAAUGCAACCAUUACGAAGCCACCACACCUCAGCUGGAUCUAAAAUCAAAGGCGUUCUAAGACGGAUGCCGCGCGUUAAAUCAGGAGAUAUGCAUGGAAUAUCUGACGAUCCAUUGCAUACAAAAGAAAAAGUGCCAAAUUCUAUUGGUGGAAGUGAGUUGCCUUUAUUGCAACGGUUACGUCAUUUUAAGGAAAAGCAAGAUCGAGAGGAGCGUGGUAUAAGGGCUUCGCACACGGUGGUAUCUCCUCAAGAAUCAAUACAUGAAGAGCCGGAGCCAGAAAAAAUUGGAGCUGGUUUACCAUUGUUGCAGCGAUUGUUGUUAUUGAAAGCAAAAGAGGAGAAGGCAGCCGCAGCAGCGGCCAGUGCGCAACAUAAGCAACAACCAGCUCAGCAACACACAAAGGAUACACAUUCGUCGGUAACCACUACUAAAUCAGCCAUCAAGGAAUCUGCUACGAGUUUAAAUCCGUCCACAAACCUAUUGAAGGUUUCAUUUAAUGACAAAACAAAAGAUAAUGACUCCCAAAAGCAAUCUGUAGAAAACGGUAGCAAGGAACAAAGUGAUGAACGGAUUGGAGGACACAAGAUUGCUUCCGCUCUCACCAAUAUAUUGAAUAAGCCUCCAAAUAACGUCAAGCUGAAAAACCAGCCUGAGCGACAAAGUAGUGAAUCGUUGAAGCCGUGGUCCAAGUUGAAAUUAGCAACAAUAGUAUCAUCAAAUAGCUGUCUUAGUCGGUCAAAUUCAGAAAUUAGACGUUCAGGCUCACAACAAGUAGACGUUAGUGAAAAACCGACAUCAUCCCAUACUUCCACCGUCACAACCCCCAAUGAACCAAUAAAUUCUAAUAUGCAGCCAAUUUCGAAGUACUACGACUCCAUAAAUGACUUAUCUCCGGAGUAUGGUGGAUUACCAUUUGUGAAAAAGCUGAAAAUUCUCAACGAACGACAGAAACUGGCGGCCCUUGAGUCAGUGAUACAAACUAGAAGUUUAAGUCUAGACUACGCCAAUACUAACAAACUGAUGGAGUUUGGUGAACCCCUCUUUCGGUGCCACAGCGACGCAUCGGGAAUAUCUUCAGAGAAAGUGAUAGGCAAAUUCGAAUCAGCCGUCGCGGCAGUACCCAAUCUGAAAUCCCCAAAAUCACCGCUUAGUCCAGAAGCAAACGAAACGGUAGAGCGUAGGCAAUUGAAGAGCAUCCUGAAAAAGCUGACUAAAGACAAGACUAACGCUGCCGACAAUGGGGAAAAUCCACAGAAAAAUGAUGGAAUAUUGACGGCACCAACGAUUGAAGGGUACGUGGCAAGACACAGCAAAUUAAUGAAGAGCGUAACCUUCAAUUCAACUCUUUCCAGUCCGCCGCCAGUAAAUAACAACGCACAAGAAAGUAGUGACAAUGUCACACAUAGUGUAUUCACGCCGCUUAUUGAAGAGGCAGACGCCUCAAAUGACAAUGUUUCCUUGCAGUUAUAUAGCAGUGUACUGCAGGAGCAAACGGAAAGUUGCUCCAAAUAUGAACCAUUUCCCUUUGCAGAGCCGCGACACAAAGGAUUUAACGAACAGGAGUGUUUCAGAGAUAUUAUGACCGGCGUAAGGAGUGUGAUGCAGUCCUACAUGGCUGACUUACAAAACAAACUGCAGGAUCGCUUUCUGAUCUUAGAAUCAGAAGUAAAGAGGCGGGGAGAAACCAUUGAACAAUUACAAAGCGUAAUAGAUGAGCUCAAGUCUAAUUCAAGGAGCAAAAAGCGACUGACUUCAACGAGCAAACGAAGGGAUGGUAAAUCUGCAGCUACCUCUGAGACUUCCCGGGAAUUGUUUUUCAUGCGAGGAGAUUCGGGUGAUACAGUGUACUCAGCCUCUCCAAAAUCCACCGACAAACGCUCAAUGAAAAUUAGAAGUAGAAAGCGCGUGGCAGAACGUCAUGAGUCCUUCAAUGACUCCCACGAAGACAGCAGUGAUCAAGAAAAUGAAAGGAAACCCAAUCUUCUUGGUGGCUACCAGAAAUUAAAUUUCGGCGAGAUUUCAGAUAGUGUCGUCGUGGACAUCGACAAUACCCUCAGUUCGAGUACGAGUUCAAGUCGGUCUUGCAUUGAUGAGGCAUCUGAGGAAGACCAUGGGGACAAUCAACUCCACUGCGACGAUUGGGAGAUACGGAUGCUGGCAGCUGAAUUGGAUCGCCGGGAGAGCACCAGGGACCCUGCAGGUUGUUUCUCGGAUUCAGAAGACCACGACACAUUGUUGCGUCGGAGGAGGAAACACAGCGUGCUGGAAAGGCGAGAGACCAUUGACGACUUUACAAGCAGACCCAGAGCAGCUAGUCUCGACCAGUUCAAUCUCAAGUACAGUAAAAGUGUGUGCAGGACUAUGAGUUUCGAUAGGGAUAGGCUUUGAAACUUAGCACAUUUGAAGAACAACUUUGUUAUUUUAGUUCUAGAAAUUCAGCAAUUUGAUGAGACUAUUUUACUAAAUCGUUUGUAGGUACACUCUCAUGUGUUUCUUCUCAUUGCUGAAGCAUUGACAGUCUUAUGAAACCAAUACCAAUAAAAAACAUAGGCCAACUUAUAUAUACUUGUCCAUUAGGCGAAGCCCCCUUCACCGAACGACCCACUAUUGAAAGAGUAUUUAAAUCAUACAAUAAGAUCUACUGUGAUAAAAACUUAUGUGCAACUAAUGUUAAACGAUUCAGUACAUAACUAAGUGAAAUCCUUUUUAAUUACAUCGUCAACUUGUUUACUAUUUUAAGAUUAAUGAAAUUGGAGAAUUAUCGACAUAUCAUCAUCUGGAAAGAAUCCGUCAAUUAAGAAAAUCACACACGCGAUUGAAAACAUAGAACCUCACUCAUUCGAAAUUGACAAUAGGAAGUUUUGUGCUAACAUAAAACCCACUCGACAUCUUAAACGUUUUGAUUUAAUUGAGAACUUUUGAGUUUGAGUAGGAGUGCCAAAGUAUAGAAUGUUAACAGUAACAAAUUCUUUAUUUACCAGUUAUGAGAAGAUGAAGGAAUUGUAACGAAACUGAUGCACAAUAUAUUUAAAGAAAAAAAAACAUUAUUUUACAA